AUGUGUAGCAGAAACAAUGAGAAACUGAGGAACUUGAGAAACUGGCCCCAAACAGCAUGCGGUGGAGAAUGUUUGUGGAUGACUGUUUUGAGUUUAUUCAACACCUCACUUCACACACAAUCCCAUUCAUCCUUUACCAAUAAUCAUUCUACCAACACAUCUCUCUCUCUCUCCCUCUACCAGAACAUGUUUGAGAAGCCCUCGUCCCUCCCGGAGUACAAGGUAGCGGCGGUGCAGAAGUCCCGCUUCAUCCUGCUUCACUACAGCAUAUCCAAGGCAUUAUGGGACUGGAUGAUCCUCCUGGCCACCUUCUACGUGGCGGUCACCGUGCCCUACAACGUCUGCUUUACGCCUUACGACGAGCUGGACACGGCCGCCCGCUCCACCAUCGUCAGCGACAUCGCCGUGGAGAUGCUCUUCAUCCUGGGUGAGGAGAUGGGUGGAGUAAGGGAAUAGGAGGUAGGAGGUAGGUUGUAGGAUAUGGGAAGUAAGGAAUAUGAAAUAGGACGUGCCACCAUUGUUAACGACAUUGUUGAGGAAGUGCUCUUCAUCCUGGGUGAGGAAGUAAGGGAUUAAGGGAAAGGUAUAGGAGAUGGGAAGGUUGUAGGAGAUAAGGAAUAGGACAUUGGAUGCUUCUCCAUCAAAAGCCACACUGUCAUGGAGAUGUUCUUAGGAAAUAAGGGGAUAAGGUGAAAGGAAAGGAGGAGAAAGGAGGUAAGUUGUAGGAGAUAAGGGAUAGGAAAUAGGAGUUGAAUGCGGCCACCUGCUGCACCGUCGUCAACGACAUCACCAUGGAGGUACUCUAUAGGCGGUAGGAUGUCUGGGAUCUAGGGAAUAGGAGGCAGGAGAUUGGAAAUAAUCACGUUAGGAUUUUGCUUCAUAAUGGUUUGCUGUUCUCUUAGUCAGCACAUAUGAGCCUAGUAUUGAUGUAAAUGAAGAGGAGUGGACGGAAGAAGACCUUUCAAGUAUUUGUAUUAACUGUCCAGUAAUUACAUCUGAUCCAGUGUUUCUCCUGUAGUAGAUUAUUUUCCAAGAUAGAUAGUAUAUGUCAUGGUCACUCAAACCUGGGUUCAAAUACAUGCUUAUUUAAGUAUUUGUAUUUUAAAUACUUAUUUUCUGUAUAUUUUAUUAUUUUCUAAUUAUUUGGCCAAAUUAACUACUUAUUUUCGAAGUAUUUGAAAGUAUUUUCAAAUAAUUUCCUAUAAAUACUAUAUGAAACUAUUUCCAACAAUUGUUUCCAAAUAUAUUUCAAAUACCAUAGGACCAAACAGACCUGUGUUCAAAUGCAUGGAGUACUGAAAUAUUUGAAUUUGGAAAUACCCUUGUCUGUGUAUUUGAGUAUUUUCAAAUACAUGCCAAUACUUUCCAAAUGUAUUUCCAAAUACAUUUCUCCAAUAUUCAACUACUUGUAUUUUAAAAUAAAAAAUAUGAAAAUACUUCGCAAUUUAUGUGAAAGUAAUUGAAAUACCUGAAUAGUAUUUGAACCCAGGUUGGAUGCAGUCUUUUGCUCCAGCCAGAAACUACAACACUUCUUGGUGAGAUAUACGUUGAAUGAGGUGCUGUAGUGCAGGGCUGAUGCAAAAGCAUGCACAGGGUUUUCCCCCAGGGUUGGGUGACCACUAUGCUACCUUGACUGAAACAUUUCUUUGACCACUAAGCAAACAUUUAGCUAUUUUGGAACCAAAUCACUUAUUUCACACCCACUCCAUUCACAGACAUCAUCCUAAACUUCCGAACAUCCUUUGUGAGCACGUCGGGUCAGGUGGUGUACGAGACACGCUCCAUCUGCAUCCACUACGCCACCACCUGGUUCUUUGUCGACCUGGUGGCUGCACUGCCCUUUGACCUGCUCUAUGCCUUCAACAUCACCGUGGUGGGUAUAUGACGUCGUAUAUUCACAUACACUAUAAUGUACCUAUACACAUACAAAUUCACUUAAAAAAUAAAUAAAUGGCCUGGAUAAAUUCAAAUUAAUUUGGCUGGAGGCAAGUGAUUCUCAGCAAGUGUAAUUUAUAUUACCUUUGGUAAGUUGCAGGUGCCUACAGGGUAAAAAUAGCCAUUCAACCAGGUUUGAAAAGAGAAAACAGAACAUUCUGCUCCAUUGCACUCCAUUGUAAAGUGCAAGGGUGCCAAUAUAUAAACUCAUUCCAUGUGAGGGCCUAGUGUCUGCUGGUUUUUAGUUUUGAAGGGAGGAUCGAAAACCUGCAGACAUUCGGCCCUCUGUGGAAUGAGUAUGACACGUGCUGUAUGACACGGGCCCCGUGUAGCUCAGUUGGUAAAGCAUGGCGCUUGCAACGCCAGGGUUGUGGGUUCGAUUCCCACGGGGGGCCAGUAUAAAAAGAAAUGUAUGCACUCACUUAACUGUAAGUCGCUCUGGAUAAGAGCGUCUGCUAAAUGACAAAACAUUUAUACACCAGUGUUAUUCAACAUUUUUGUUUUAAUUCUUGUAUAAAGAAUUAAGGAUACAGAUUAUUAUAUAGGACAAUAUACAAAUGUUUUUGAGAAAGAUAUUUGAAAAAUACAAUUUUAUUGAGUAAAUGUAUUUAUUGUUUUCUUUUCAUUUUGAUAAGGGAUAGAAAUGUAAUGAAUUUAAGGUUAUUUGUUGAUGUAAAAAUUGAAAUGUAUCGAUUUGUAAGAUAAUGUCAUUAUAUUUGGGGUAGGGUCGUGAGAAAUUAUUGCAAAAAAAUGGGGUCCCAGAAAUUGUGGCGGAAAAAAUGGUACCUGCUGAAAAAGUUUACCACUGGUAUACACAUAUACAGGUAACUGUCAAAAUAAAGGAAAGACUUGAGUAAAUUAAGUUUAAACUCCAUUAUGGUUUGGGGUGCAUUUUCCUGGCAUGGUUUAGGUCCACUCAACCCCUUAGAGGGCAAGGUAAACGGCAAUAAAUACACAGCUAUUCUGAGUGAUCACCUUCAACCUAUGGUGAAUCAUUUUCUAUCCUAAUGGGAGUGGUCUCUUCCAAGAUGACAAUGUCCCCAUCCACAGGGCACGAGUGGUCACUCAAUGGUUUGAUGAGCAUGAAAACUAUGUAAACCAUAUGCCAUGGCCAUCUCAGUCACCAGAUAUCAAUUGAACACUUAUGGGAGAUUCUGGAGCGGCAUCUGAGAAGGCGUUUUCCACCACCAUCAACAAAACACCAAAUGAUGGAAUUUCCCAUGGAAGAAUGUUGUCGCAUCCCUCCAAUAGAGUCCCAGACACCUGUAGAAUCUAUGCCAAGGUGCAUUGAAGGUGUUCUGGCGGCUUGUGGUGGCCCAACGCCAUAUUAAGACACUUUAUGUUGAUGUUUCCAUUAUUUUGGCAUAUACCUGUACAUAUACAGUUGAAGUUGGAAGUUUACAUACACCUUAGCCAAAUACAUUUAAACUCUGUUUUUCACAAUUCCUGACAUUUAAUCCUAGUAAACAUUCCCUGUCUUAGGUCAGUUAGGAUCACCACUUUAUUUUAAGAAUGUGAAAUGUCAGAAUAAUAGUAGAGAGAAUGAUUUAUUUAAGCUUUUAUUUCUUUCUUCACAUUCCCAGUGGGUCAGAAGUUUACAUAUGCUCAAUUAGUAUUUGGUAGCAUUGCCUUUCAAUUGUUUAACUUGGGUCAAACGUUUCGGGUAGCCUUCCACAAGCUUCCCACAAUAAGUUGGGUGAAUUUUGGCCCAUUCCUCCUGACAGAGCUGGUGUAACUGAGUCAGGUUUGUAGGCCUCCUUGCUCGCACACGCUUUUUCAGUUCUGCCCACACAUUUUCUAUAGGAUUGAGGUGAGGGCUUUGUGAUGGCCACUCCAGUACCUUGACUUUGUUGUCCUUAAGCCAUUUUGCCUCAACUUUGGAAGUAUGCUUUGGGUCAUUGUCCAUUUGGAAGCCCCCUGUGUAGCUCAGUUGGUAGAGCAUGGCGCUUGCAACGCCAGGGUUGUGGGUUCGAUUCCCACGGGGGGGCAGUAUGAAAAUGUAUGCACUCACUAACUAUAAGUCGCUCUGGAUAAGAGCGUCUGCUAAAUGACUAAAACAUUUUUAAAUGAAGACCCAUUUGCGACCAAGCUUUAACUUCCUGAUUGAUGUCUUGAGAUGUUGCUUCAAUAUAUCCACAUAAUUGUCCUUCCUCAUGAUGCCAUCUAUUUUGUGAAGUGCACCAGUCCCUCCUGCAGCAAAGCACCCCCACAGCAUGAUGCUGCCACCCCCGUGCUUAACGAUGGUCAUUAUGGCCAAACAGUUCUAUUUUUGUCAGAGGACAUUUCUCCAAAAAGUUCGAUCUUUGUCCCCAUGUGCAGGUGCAAACCGUAGUCUGGCUUUUUUAUGGUGGUUUUGGAGCAGUGGCUUCUUCCUUGCUGAGCGGCCUUUCCGGUUAUGUCAAUAUAGGACUCAUUUUACUGUGGAUAUAGAUACUUUUGUACCUGUUUCCUCCAGCAUCUUCACAAGGUCCUUUGCUGUUGUUCUGGGAUUGAUUUGCACUUUUCGAACCAAAGUACGUUCAUCUCUAGGAGACAGAAUGUGUCUCCUUCCUGAGCGGUAUGAUGGCUGUGUGGGCCCAUGGUGUUUAUACUUGCGUACUAUUGUUUGUACAGAUGAACGUGGUACCUUCAGGCGUUUGGAAAUUGCUCCCAAGGAUGAACCAGACUUGUGGAGGUCAACAAUAUUUUUUCUGAGGUCUUGGCUGAUUUCUUUUGAUUUUCCCAUGAUGUCAAGCAAAGAGGCACUGAGUUUGAAGGUAGGCCUUGAAAUACAUCCACAGGUACACCUCCAAUUGACUCAAAGGAUGUCAUUUAGCCAUGACAUAGUUUUCUGGAAUUUUCCAAGCUGUUUAAAGGCACAGUCAACUUAGUGUAUGUAAACUUCUGACCCACUGUAUUUGUGAUACAUUGAAUUAUAACUGAAAUAAUCUGUCUGUAAACAUUUGUUGGAAAAAUUACUUGUGUCAUGCACAAAGUAGAUGUCCUAACCGACUUGCCAAAACUAUAGUUUGUUAACAAGAAAUUUGUGGAGUGGUUGAAAAACGAGUUUUAAUGACCCCAACCAAAGUGUAUGUAAACUUCCGACUUCAACUGUAUACACUACAGGGUCUUGUAUUCACAGUUUUCAUAGUUUCCACAUUUUGUUGUCUUGAAUGUUGCCUUAAAUGUAAAAAAUACAUUUAAUUAGGAUUUCAUUUCAAUGAUCUUAAACCUACUCCACACCAAGUGGAGUGGAAAACAAUUCUAAUUUACUAUAUAUAUAUAUAUAUAUAUAUAUAUAUAUAUUACUAUAUAAUUCCAAUGAUCUACACAACCUCCACUCUCUCAAAAUUAAUCUUUGUCCUCUCUCUCCUCUUGGUCCCAGACCUCCCUGGUCCACCUGCUGAAGACGGUCCGCUUGCUGCGGCUGUUGAGGCUGCUCCAGAAGCUGGACCGUUACUCCCAGUACAGUGCCAUGGUGCUCACCCUGCUCAUGUCCAUGUUCGCCCUGCUGGCCCACUGGAUGGCCUGCAUCUGGUACAUCAUCGGACGCAAGGAGAUGGAGAACAACGACCCAGACACCUGGGACAUAGGUGAGUCUGGCUGAGUGAGGAAGGUGAGGGCCGGGUGGGUGAGAGGGUGAGAGGGGUGACACAAACAAAUACUCGGGCCUGGGGUGUAAAGAUAUUCACGUGUGUACAUGCACGCAAUGCGCACCCACACACGCGUGGUAUAUUGAUCAUACUCAUCGAUAGAGGCACGAAAUGUAAGUCUCCAACCCUGUAUGUGUGUGUGCGUGUAGGCAUGUGUAAGUGUGUGUCCACGUGUGUGUUCAAGUGUGUGUCAAAGGGGCGCAACACUGGGCCUCAUUUAUCCCUGAAGGACACAACCUCAUUCUACCCGCUCCUUUAAGUCCAUGCCAGCUUCCUGACUCUUGGUGUGCCCUGGCAGGGGUGGCAACCAGCGAGUGCCUUGCCAAUGCCCCCAUCACUCUAAGUCUUUGAUGACAGACCACCUGAAUAGUGACAUAUGCAGUCUACCGCAACAGAAGAUUUUCACGCUCGCUCUCUAACGAUACAAACAGCAUUUAUUUUACAGUAUUAGAGUAGAAGUGUCUCCUAUUGCACAUCCAGAACAUCGUUCUUAAAGGCAUAAUCCACCCCCAGAAAUAAAAAUCAUGAAACUCCUGUCAAUUUGUUGGAAGCCUAUGUUCUAUCAGUGGUUUAAAUAAAAAUGCUCCCCAUGAUUUAACUUCUAAGUGGUCCGUCUGUGAAAUCAGGAAAUUGUGUAGGAAAGCGUCAUACUAAAUGGUUCUCGUCACUGGAGAUAGGGGAUAACACACUAUAUCACAUUUCAUAACGCUUUUAAAACAAUGACCUGCACUCCAGAUCGACAAAUCAGCCAAUAGAUGGUGUGGGCAUACUUGUCUAGAACACAUCCAUCCGUCUAUAUCGUCAUGACAAAGUAGAUAUUUCGCUUAGAUGUGCUCAAUCUAAAAAGUGUACCAAAUUAUUCAACUCAGCUUCUCCUUCAAGUACAAUCUCGCAAUGAGCCCUGUGUCUUUGGGAAAUGUGGGAAAGGACCAUUGUUGCCAUAGCGACGUACUCUGCACUCGCUCUGGCAAGAUGAACUCGGUGAGAUACUCUUACAUUUAUAGUGCAGUUUGUUUAGGCGAUUCUACAGCUCGCUAGCUACUUCACAUGCUGAUUUUGACUUUAGUAUUAUUGUGUGUAGCUACGUUUGCUAGCUAACUAGCUAGCCAGCCAGCCAGCCAAGAGAGAGAGCAUUGCAUUGUGGGUUUUGUAGUCGACUUGAGUUGCAAUAGAUUUCCAAAACAAUUUUUUGUAUUAUAUCGACAAAAUGAAACAUUUGUUCACCAAAGAUAUUGUUUUCACAUAUUAGGGUUAUUUAACACUGUUAAUCAUAGGAAAUAGUGGUUUGCGGAGGAUUAUCCCUUUACAUUCCAAUGCUGUCAAUUAUCUAGAAAAGUUUGUGUAUAUGUUAAGACUGAAGAGGGCCCUCUAAAAACAAAUAAAACAACUGAAUAUUCUUUGAAUGUGUAUUUGUUUGCAUUCUCCUUGGAAAUAGUUUAAUAAUAAGCCCUUAAGUAAUCAAUCAAAUUUUAGUGAUAUAGUGCUGUUUCUACAAGUUAUUUGGCACAAAGUCAGGUGAGAGAUGCUCAUGAAAUCUAUACUUUUUGGCCUGGUUUCAUCUCUCUCUCCCCAGCCCAGCUUUGUUCCAGCACAACUUGUCUGAAUUCUCAAUGUUGAUUCAUUAAAAAAAUAUAUACAAGUUAUACAAGUAAGUGUGGCUUGGAGUUAUGUGAAUGCUGACCUUCUGACCUGGUCUCACCCCUACACCCCCCUACCCCCCAGGUUGGCUCCAUGAGCUGGGCAAGCGUCUAGAGACUCCAUACGUCAACAGCACACUGGGCGGACCCUCAGUACGCAGCUCCUAUAUCGCUGCCCUCUACUUCACCCUCAGCAGCCUCACCAGCGUGGGCUUCGGCAACGUGUGUGCCAACACUGACGCUGAGAAGAUCUUCUCCAUCUGCACCAUGCUCAUAGGGGGUGAGUGCGGCACCCUGGUUUGGCGCGGGCAAGCGGGCAUGCCAGGUCCAGGCCGAAAGUUUGGACGCAGUUUGGCGUCUUUUCAUUUGUAAGUCGCACUGUGGUUAUGGGGAUUACACUUUUGUCUCUUGUUCCUCUGCUCUCCUCCCCUCCCCCAUCUCCUCUCCUUUCCUCUCCUCUUCUCUUCUGUUCUCUCCUCUCCUCCACCCUCCAGCCUUGAUGCAUGCGGUGGUGUUUGGUAACGUGACGGCCAUCAUCCAGCGGAUGUACUCCCGGCGCUCCCUCUACCACACGCGCAUGAAGGACUUGAAGGACUUCAUCAGGGUUCACCGUCUACCCCAGCAGCUUAAACAGCGAAUGCUGGAGUACUUCCAGACCACCUGGUCCGUGAACAAUGGCAUCGAUGCCAACGAGGUAAGGCCAUACGACUAUAAUACAACAACAGAACGAUGCAUAAAACACACUGAUCCAUUUCAGCUUUACGCUAUCUUAUCUUAUUUUGUAUUUGUAUUUAUUAUGAAUCCCAUUAGCUGCUGCCAAGGCAGCAGCUAAUCUUCCUGGGGUCCAGCAAAAAUUAAGGCAGUAAUAUACAGUCAUGGUCAAAAGCUUUGAGAAUUACACAAAUACUAAUUUUCACAAAGUCUGCUGCCUCCGUUUUGAUGAUGGCAAUUUGCAUAUACUCCAGAAUGUCAUGAAGAGUGAUCAGAUGAAUUGCAAUUAAUUGCAAAGUCCCUCUUUGCCAUGAAAAUGAACAUAAUCCCAAAAAAACAUUUCCACUGCAUUUCAGCCCUGCCACAAAAGGACCAGCUUCCAUCAUGUCAGUGAUUCUCUCGUUAACACAGGUGAGAGUGUUGACGAGGACAAGGCUGGAGAUCACUCUGUCAUGCUGAUUGAGUUAGAAUAACAGACUGGAAGUUUUAAAAGGAGGAUGGUGCUUGAAAUCAUUGUUCUUCCUCUGUUAACCAUGGUUACCUGCAAGGAAGCACGUGCUGUCAUCAUUGCUUUGCACAAAAAGGGCUUCACAGGCAAGGAUAUUGCUGCUAGUAACAUUGCACCUAAAUCAACCAUUUAUCGGAUCAUCAAGAACUUCAAGGAGAGAGGUUCAAUUGUUGUGAAGAAGGCGUCAGGGCGCCCAAGAAAGUCCAGCAAGCGCCAGGACCGUCUCCUAAAGUUGAUUCAGCUGCGGGAUCGGGGCACCACCAGUGCAGAGCUUGCUCAGGAAUGGCAGCAGGCAGGUGUGAGUGCAUCUGCACACACAGUGAGGCGAAUACUUUUGGAGGAUGGCCUGGUGUCAUGAAGGGCAGCAAAGAAACCACUUCUCUCCAGGAAAAACAUCAGGGACAGACUGAUAUUCUGCAAAAGGUACAGGGAUUGGAUUGCUGAGGACUGGGGUAAAGUCAUUUUCUCUGAUGAAUCCCCUUUCCGAUUGUUUGGGGCAUCCGGAAAAAAGCUUGUCUGGAGAAGACAAGGUGAGCGCUACCAUCAGUCCUGUGUCAUGCCAACAGUAAAGCAUCCUGAGACCAUUCAUGUGUGGGGUUGCUUCUCAGCCAAGGGAGUGGGCUCACUCCCAAUUUUGCCUAAGAACACAGCCAUAAAUAAAGAAUGGUACCAACACAUCCUCCGAGAGGAACUUCUCCCAACCAUCCAAGAACAGUUUGGUGACGAACAAUGCCUUUUACAGCAUGAUUGUCACGAUCGUCAUCUACAGAGGAGGACCAAGGCGCAGCGUUGAAUGCGUACAUAUUUAUUAAUAGAAUGAUCACACGAUCAAAACAACGGACGAUAACGUGAUAUCUACGGUUUAACACAAACCAAACAAGAACAAGAAACCACAAACACAAAGUGAAAGACAGACAGUUAAAUAUGGCUCCCAAUCAGAGACAACCAGCUGACACUCGUUGCCUCUGAUUGGGAGUCACUAAGGCCAACAUAGAAAUACAAACAUAGAAUACACACCCUGGCUCAACAUAACAGUGUCCCCAGAGCCAUGGCGUGACAGUACCCCCCCCUAAAGGCGCGGACUCCGACCGCGCCAACUAAAUACCACAGGGGAGGGACCGGGUGGGCACUCCGCCUUGGCGGCGGAUCCGGCUCCGGGCCUGAUCCCCACUCCCGCUCCAACCCCCCAAAGUACCCCUGGUCCGGUCUGGCCCCGCUGGCCGGAGCUGGACUGCACACUGAUGGAGCGGAUUGCUCUAGCCCCGGCGUAACGCAUCUGACCGGUGCCGGACCAGGCACCAGUGGAACAGGCACGGGCCGUGCCGGACCGACGACGCACACCACUGGCUUGGUGUGGGGAACAGGCACGGGCCGUGCUGGACUGACGACGCACACCACUGGCUUGGUGUGGGGAGCAGGAGCGGGCCGGACAGGGCUGACGAUACGCACCACAGACUUGGUGCGGGGAGCAGGAAUGGGCCGGACUGGGCUGGCGACGCGCACCACAGACUUGGUGCGGAGAGCAGGAACGGGCCGGACUGGGCUGGCGACGCGCACCACAGACUUGGUGCGGAGAGCAGGAACGGGCCGGACAGGGCUGACGAAACGCACCACAGACUUGGUGCGGGGAGCAGGAACGGGCCGGACUGGGCUGGCGACGCGCACCACAGCCUUGGUGCGGAGAGCAGGAACGGGCCGGACAGGGCUGACGAAACGCACCACAGACUUGGUGCGGGGAGCAGGAAUGGGCCGGACUGGGCUGGCGACGCGCACCGUAGACUUGGUGCGAGUGGCAGGAACAGGCCGGACCGUACUGGGAACACACACCACUGGCCCUACGUGGGGAUCAGGAACAGGCCGGACCGGACUGGAAACACACGCCAGUACCUCUCGCCGUGCCUCUACAUCUUCCACCCCCUCUUCGACCAGUGGCCCCCGUAACCUGGCGGCCUCCUCUGCCAAUCCGCUGGGCCGCUCUGCCGCGGUCUCCUGCUGGCCCGUCGUCCACGGCGUUAGCCCCCCCCUAAAAAAUUUCUGGGCGUCUCCCCUACCCGUGGACCAGGUCUCCAUGUCCCUCGCCAGCCUUUCGCCCUUCUGCCACAAUGUCAAGCCCUUCUCUUCCUCACUCGGCUUGACCCAGUCGAGGAGGCGAAGGAGAUCUGUUAGGGAUCUCCCUGGCGAUGGCUCCUGGACACGCUGCUUGGUCACAUCUUGGUGGUUUCUUCUGUCACGAUCGUCAUCUACAGAGGAGGACCAAGGCGCAGCGUUGAAUGCGUACAUAUUUAUUAAUAGAAUGAUCACACGAUCAAAACAACGGACGAUAACGUGAUGUCUACGGUUUAACACAAACCGAACAAGAACAAGAAACCACAAACACAAAGUGAAAGACAGACAGUUAAAUAUGGCUCCCAAUCAGAGACAACCAGCUGACACUCGUUGCCUCUGAUUGGGAGUCACUCAGGCCAACAUAGAAAUACAAACAUAGAAUACACACCCUGGCUCAACAUAACAGUGUCCCCAGAGCCAUGGCGUGACAAUGAUGGAGCACCUUGCCAUAAGGCAAAAGUGAUAACUAAGUGGCUUGGAGAACAAAACAUCGAAAUGUUGGGUCCAUGGCCAGAAAACUCCCAAGACCUUAAUCCCAUUGAGAACUUGUGGUCGAUCCUCAAGAGGCGGGUGGACAAACAAAAACCCACAAAUUCUGACAAACUCCAAGCAUUGAUUAUGUAAGAAUGGGCUGCCAUCAGUCAGGAUGUGGCCCAGAAGUUAAUUGACAGCAUGCCAGGGUGGAUUGCAGAGGUCUUGAAAAAGAAGGGUCAACACUGCAAAUAUUGACUCUUUGCAUAAACUUAAUGUAAUUGUCAAUAAAAGCCUUUGACACUUAUGGAAUGCUUGUAAUUAUACUUCAGUAUACCAUAGUAACAUCUGACAAAAAUAUCUCAUAACACUGAAGCAGUGAACUUUGUGAAGACCAAUACUUGUGUAAUUCUCAAAACAUUUGACCACGACUGUACAUUAUAAAAUACAUUUUACAACAUUAAGUGUGUGCCCUCCCGCCCCUACUCUACUACAACACACUAUAUGGUAGCCGUACUGACAAGUUGACAAGGCCCUUUUUACAUUGGUCAAGUGCUCUCUCUCUCUCUUUCCCUCUGCCUUUCCCUCUCUCUCUCUCUCCCUCCCUCUCUCUCCCUCACUCCCCCUUCUCUCUCCUUCUAUCUCUCUCUCGUCCUCUUUCUCUCCGUUCCAGCUCUUGCACGACUUCCCAGACGAGCUGCGGGCCGACAUCGCCAUGCACCUGAACAAGGACAUCCUGCAGCUGCCUGUGUUCGAGGGGGCCAGCCGCGGCUGUCUGCGUUCGCUCUCCCUCCACAUUAAGACCUCGUUCUGCGCCCCUGGCGAGUACCUGAUCCGGCAGGGCGACGCGCUCCACGCUAACUACUUUGUCUGCUCGGGUUCCCUGGAGGUGCUCAAGGACAGCAUGGUGCUGGCCAUCCUAGGUUAGUAUAGGGGUCAAAGGUCAUUGUCAUCUGUAAAGGUCAUCUGUGGGAUUGAAGAGAGAGCUCCGGGGUGAAGUUCCCCUUAGGUACAGAUCUAGGAUCAGCUUCCCCUCCCCCAAUUCAAACCUUAACCGUUAGUGGGGAAAAUGCUCAGUGUCUAGGGGCAACUUCACCCUACUCUGAAGAGAGACCAGUGGAGAUGGGAUAUGAUAAACAUUUGAUUGGCUUGAUUGGACUUUCACCACAUUGCUUAUACCAGAGUUUCCUUAACCUCUCCUCGAGUACCCAGAUCCACUCAUUUGAUCUAUUCUUCUAUAAGCACAGCUGAUUUGACUGGUCAACUGCUCAUCAAGCCCUUUAUUAGUUGAAUAAGGUGUGCUAGUAGUGGAUUUGUUCAAAAAAGUAGAACUGGCUGGGGGUACUAGAGGAGAUUUCCAUAAGUACCUAUGGGGUAGAGGCUAGGGUGUUUUCUGGACAGGGCCAAUGAUUCCUCAGCAGCACCAACACCGUACUGUAUGUUGCUGACUGGUUGGUUACAGGGAAGGGGGAUCUGAUUGGCUCUGACCUGCCGGGGACGGAACACGUUAUCAAGACUAAUGCGGACGUGAAGGCGCUGACCUACUGCGACCUGCAGUACAUCAGUAUGCGGGCUCUAAGGGAGGUGCUGGAGUUCUACCCGGAGUACGCCAGCCUGUUUACCGCAGAUAUCCUCCACAACCUCACAUACAACCUGAGAGAGGGCAGCGAGGCAGAGGUGAGACACACACACACACCUCCACUGCAACCUCUACUAAAACUCUAAAAACAUUUGAAUGAAAAAAGUUGAUAGUAUGCUCCUUUAAAUCCCUUUUACAACAUUUUUAGAGGUGAAUAAAGCAAACCAUAACAUAGGCUGUUUUUACACUAAAAUGCCUCUGUUAUUGUCACUCUCCUUGACAUUCCAUCUGCACAAUUGACCAAUCCUCUCUUGACCAAUCAAACUCUAGCCGACAGUGAUUUUAUUGUCAUGGCAAUUCUAUUUGUCAGUGCUACUUUCACGCAUAUCCUUGUCCCUAGAUGCUAAUCUAACAUCGGAUUUGUGGUUUUCGCCCCUAAUGGAUAAGGCUGGGGAGAGAAGCUGAUCCUAGAUCUGUGCCUAAGGGCAUGUUCUACAGUGAUCAUUACCCCAGAACAAGUGAAAGUUGCUUAAUUCACACAAAGCAAUUUUCUAUUUAUUUAGUGUGUGAUUACUUUGGAUUAUUGUCUUACCACAGUAAACAGAGGAAAGGCUGGUAUUACUUUACUUGAAGGAUACCUACAUAAGGACUUCAUAACACAUUCAUAACCCAUACAUACCACCUUCAUAUGCUAUUUAUAAGAAUUUCAUAAUUGCUUUAUAUUUUUGGUAUUUCUUGCAGUUGUUGACAUAAGUAUUUACUAAAUGUGCAUGUACUACAUAAAUGCAGUAUGGAUGAGUUAUGAAUGUGGUAUGUAGUCCUUAUGGUGGCAUCAGCUCACAGACUCCCCUCAAUCUCUUCCAAACAAUAGAAUGGAGUGGAGUUUUGUAAACCCCUUGUGGUUUGACAACAGAGCGAAUCAAAUGACAGAUGUGAAGAAAUAGCUACUAGCUAAACUUUAAUCAGUCAAUGGCGUUUAAUGUUUACAAAGUCAAUAUAUCGCCGCCUUGUCAUCUUUCAGAUUAUUUGAGCAUUUUUUUCGUCACGUUGCUUGCAUUUCAUCUAAUUUCCUUUCAUGUCUUCGGAAACGGGAUUUGAGGCUCUGUCGUAGCCGGCCGCGACCGGGUGACCCAUUGGGGCGGCGUACAAUUGGCCAAGCGCCGUCCAGGGUAGGGGAGGGUUUGGCCGGCAGGGAUGUCCUUGUCCCAUCGCGCACUAGCGACUCCUGUGGCGGGCCGGGCGCAGUUCACGCUGACUCAGUCGCCAGGAGUACGGUGUUUCCUCCGGCACAUUGGUGCGGCUGGCUUCCGGGCACUGUGUCAAGAAGCAGUGCGGCUAGGUUGGGUUGUGCACGAUGGGACAAGACUGUAACCACCAAUUGGAUACCACGAAAUUGGGGAGAAAAAGGGGGAAAAAUAAUAAACAAAAAAAAGUAAUUUGGAAACGAGAUUUGCGUGACGUUGAUAUUACAUUUGUUCAAGCGUUCGGUUUGGAUUCAAGUUUAUUCUUUAUGUGUUUUCAGAGGGGGAGCGAUUUGACCGUGGCGCACAAGAAGAAAUGAAAUGAAGGCAUUUGGUUUAAAUGAAAUUAUAUUUGUUUCUCAUUCAUUUGGUGGCCUUGCACUGUCUGUCUCCAACACUGUGCGUUGAAUUGCAGGCCCGCAAAGGGGUUUGUAAUCAGGUUUUGGGUCUGAGCAAUGCUCUAGUUCCCUCUCACCAUCUGCUCGAAGUGGGCUCUGGCGCGAGGCCAGGGGUGCAGGCUCCAACCUUGCACAGACUGAUGGAGAACUCAGUGCUGAAAAUCUGGGUAACACUUUAGCCAAGGGUAUAAUGCUUAUUAUAAUGUCCUUUAUAAUGCCUUAAAAUAGUACUACACUGACUAUGAGAGUCCAUAAUGUACUCAGAAGCGGUUAUAAAACACUAUUUUAUAGAUCCUUAACUUCCACACUGUUAGCCAGGCCCCUCUCUACUGUCCACACACACAAACAGUCACAGACAAUAGCCACUAUCACUUUCUCAUAGCACACUUUUUUUUGGCAUGCGCAGACACACACACAUCACAGCCUACAGAGAGUCACCACAGUCUCUUUUGAGUUAAGAGAUAACAAUAUUUUAUUGAACUCUCUCUAAAUCUAUUUGCUAUGUGGGCCACUGGCAGGACUUGAAAUGCAUUAGUUUCCCAUUAAUUGAUAGUAAUGACAUUCCCAUUAGCGUCAGGGAGGCUGUCUCCCUUUGGAAAACUUUUCCUCCAAUGUGAAAGAUGAGCCCUUUUUUUUCUAGUGAUAGCUCCCCUAUAUUAUAUACAGUGCCUUCGGAAAGUAUUCAGACCCCGUUGACUUUUUCCACAUUUUGUUAUGUUACAGUCUUAUUGGGAAAGAAUGACGCCUGAGGAGAUGGCUGCCAUUUUACGGGCUCUUAACCAAUUGUGCUAUUGUGUGUGUUUUCUCACGUUAUUUGUAACUUAUUUUGUACAUAAUGUUUCUGCCACCGUCUCGUAUGACCGAAAAUAGAUUCUGGAUAUCAGGACAAUGAUUACUCACCUCGUACUGGACGAAGAUUAUUAUUAUUAUUUUAUUUUUUCAACGUACAAUCAUUGGAUAACAAAAUAGACAAACUACGAUCACGGAUAUCCCACCAACGGGACAUUAAAAACUGUAAUAUCUUAUGUUUCACCGAAUCGUGGUUGAACGACGACAUGGAUAACAUACAGCUGGCGGGAUAUACGCAGCAUCGGCAAGAUAGAACAGCUGCCUCCGGUAAGACAAGGGGUGGCGGCAUGUGUAUAUUUGUAAACAACAGCUGGUGCACGAAAUCUAAUAUUAAGGAAGUCUCUAGGUUUUGCUCACCUGAGGUAGAGUAUCUCAUGAUAAGCUGUAGACCACACAAUUUACCAAGAGAGUUUUCAUCUAUAGUUUUCGUAGCUGUCUAUUUACCACAACAAACCGAUGCUGGCACUAAGACCACACUCAAUGAGCUGUAUGGCCAUAAGCAAACAGGAAAACGCUCAUCCAGAGGUGGCGCUCCUAGUGGCCGGGGACUUUAAUGGAGGGAAACUUAAAUCCUUUUUAACUCAUUUCUACCAGCAUAUUAAAUGUGCAACUAGAGGGAAAAAAACUGUAGAUCACCUUUACUCCCACACACAGAGACGCGUACAAAGCUCUCCCUUGCCCUCCAUUUGGCAAAUCUGACCAUAACUCUAUCCUCCUGAUUCCUGCUUACAAUAAAAAACUAAAGCAGGAAGCACCAGUGACUCGGUCAAUAAAGAAGUGGUCAGAUAACGCAGAUGCUAAGCUACAAGACUGUUUUGCUAGCACAGACUGGAAUAUGUUCCAGGAUUCUUGCGAUGGCAUUGAGGAGUACACCACAUCAGUCACUGGCUUCAUCAAAAAGUGCAUCGAUGACGUCGUCCCCACAGUGACCGUACGUACAUACCCCAACCAGAAGCCAUGGAUUACAGGCAAUAUCCACACUGAGCUAAAGGGUAGAGCUGCCGCUUUCAAGGAGUGGGACUCUAACCCGGACGCUUAUAAGAAAUCCCGCUAUGCCCUCUGACGAACCAUCAAACAGGCAAAGCGUCAAUACAGGACUAAGAUUGAAUCGUACUACACCGGCUCCGACGCUCGUCGGAUGUGGCAGGGCUUGCAAACUAUUACAGACUACAAAGGGAAGCACAGCCUGCUGCCCAGUGACACAAGCCUACCAGAAGAGGAAAAUUACUUCUAUGCUCGCUUUGAGGCAAGCAACACUGAAGCGUGCAUGAGAGCAUCAGCUGUUCCGGACGACUGUGUGAUCAUGCUCUCCGUAGCCGAUGUGAGUAAGACCUUUAAACAGGUCAACAUUCACAAGGCCGCAGGGCCAGACGGAUUACCAGGAUAUGUACUCCGAGCAUGUGCUGACCAACUGGCAAGUGUCUUCACUGACAUUUUCAACCUGUCCCUGACUGAGUCUGUAGUACCAACAUGUUUCAAGCAGACCACCAUAGUCCCUGUGCCCAAGAACACUAAUGUAACCUGCCUAAAUGACUACCGACCCGUAGCACUGACAUCUGUAGCCAUGAAGUCCUUUGAAAGGCUGGUCAUGGCUCACAUCAAUACCAUUAUCCCAGAAACCAUAGACCCACUCCAAUUUGCAUACUGCCCCAACAGAUCCACAGGUGAUGCAAUCUCUACUGCACUCCACACUGCCCUUUCCCACCUGGACAAAAUUAACACCUACGUGAGAAUGCUAUUUAUUGACUACAGCUCAGCGUUCAACACCAGAGUGCCCUCAAAGCUCAUCACUAAGCUAAGGACCCUGGGACUAAACACCUCCCUCUGGAACUGGAUCCUGGACUUCCUGACGGGCCGCUCCCAGGUGGUAAGGGUAGGUAACAACACAUCUGCUGAUCCUCAACACUGGGGCCCCUCAGGGUUGUGUGCUCAGUCCCCUCCUGUACUCCCUGUUCACCCACGACUGCAUGGCCAGGCACGACUCCAACACCAUCAUUAAGUUUGCCGAUGACACAACAGUGGUAGGCCUGAUCACCGACAACAAUGAGACAGCCUAUAGGGAGGAUGUCAGAGACCUGGCCGUGUGGUGCCAGGAUAACAACCUCUCCCUCAACGUGAUCAAGACAAAGGAGAUGAUUGUGUACUACAGGAAAAAGAGGACCGAGCACGCCCCCAUUCUCAUCGACGGGGCUGUAGUGGAGCAGGUUGAGAGCUUCAAGUUCCUUGGUUUCCACAUCACCAACAAACUAUCAUGGUCCAAACACACCAAGACAGUCGUGAAGAGGGCACGACAAAGCCUAUUCCCCCUCAGGAGACUGAAAAGAUUUGGCAUGGGUCCUCAGAUCCUCAAAAAGUUAUACAGCUGCACCAUCGAGAGCAUCCUGACUGGUUGCAUCACUGCCUGGUAUGGCAACUGCUCGGCCUUCGACCGCAAGGCACUACAGAGGGUAGUGCGUACGGCCCAGUACAUCACUGGGGCCAAGCUUCCUGCCAUCCAGGACCUCUAUACCAGGCGGUGUCAAAGACUCCAGCCACCCUAGUCAUAGACUGUUCUCUCUGCUACCGCACGGCAAGCGGUACCGGAGUGCCAAGUCUAUGCCCCCCCCACCCCCCACCCCCUCUUUUACGCUGCUGCUACUCUCUGUUUAUUAUCUAUGCAUAGUCACUCUACCUACAUGUACAUACUACCUCAAUUACCUCAACUAACCUGUGCCCCCGCACAUUGACUCUGUACCGGUACCCCCUGUAUAAAGUCUCGCUACUGUUAUUUUACUGCUGCUCUUUAAUUAUUUUUAUUUUAUCUAUUUUUUACUUAACACUUAUUUUUCUUUAAACUGCAUUGUUGGUUAAGGGCUUGUAAGUAAGCAUUUCACAGUAAGGUUUACACAUGUUGUUGUCACGCCCUGGCUCUGGGGACUCUUGUAUGUUGAGCCAGGGUGUGAGUUUCUAUGUUGUGUUCUAGUUUGGUAUUUCUAUGUUGGCCAGGGUGGUACCCAAUCAGAUCGUUGACUCUGAUUGGGAGCCAUACUUAGGUAGCCGUUUGGCAUUGUUUUGGUGUGGUAUCUUGUUCCGUUUGGUUUGUGUAACCGUAGGACUUCACGUUUCGUAUCGUUUGUUGUUUUGUACAUUCAAUAAAUAUUAUGUACGCAUAUCACGCUGCGCCUUGGCCCGCUUCUUCUCAGGAUGAUCGUGACAGAAGAUACCACCUCGACUGGGUCAAGCAGCGUGAGGAGGAGAGAGGCUGGACUUGGGAGCAGAGGAGCGAGAGUCUGGCGAGAGCCAUGGAGGCCUGGCCCACGGGGAGGAGAGACGCCCAGAAUAUUUUUAGGGGGGGGGCUCACGCCGUGGACGACGGGGCAGCAGGAGGUCGGGAUAGAGUGGUUCAGCGGGUUGGCAAGGGAGGCCGCCAGGUUACGGGAGUCACUGGUCACCAGGGGGAAGGAGAAUGUAGAGGCACGGCGAGAGGUACUGGGGUGUGUUGCCAGUCCGGUCCUGCCCGUUCCUGAUCCCCGCGUAGGGCCAGUGGUGUGUGUCCCCAGUACGGUCCGGCCCGUUCCUGAUCCCCACAUCAAGCCUAUGGUGCGCGUCGCCAGGCCGGCCCGGCCCGUGCCUGUUCCACCGGUGCCUGGUCCGGCACCGGUCAGCUGCUCCACUCCGGAGCUAGAGCAAUCCGCUCCACCAGUGUUCAGUCCAGCUCCGGCCAGCAGGGCCAGACCGGACCAGGGGCACUUUGGGGGGUUAGAGAGGGAGUGGGGGUCAUGCCCGGAGCCGGAUCCGCCGCCGAGGCGGAGUGCCCACCCGGCCCCUCCCCUGUUGUGUUUGGUUGGCGCGGUCGGAGUCCGCGCCUUUGUGGGGGGGGUACUGUCACGCCCUGGCUCUGGGGACUCUUGUAUGUUGAGCCAGGGUGUGAGUUUCUAUGUUGUGUUCUAGUUUGGUAUUUCUAUGUUGGCCAGGGUGGUUCCCAAUCAGAGACGGCUGUAGCUCGUUGUCUCUGAUUGAGAGCCAUACUUAGGUAGCCGUUUGGCAUUGUUUUGGUGUGGUAUCUUGUUCCGUUUGGUUUGUGUAACCGUAGGACUUCACGUUUCGUAUCGUUUGUUGUUUUGUACAUUCAAUAAAUAUUAUGUACGCAUAUCACGCUUUGGCCCGCUUCUUCUCAGGACGAUCGUGACAGUUGUAUUCGGCGCAUGUGACAAAUGUAUUACAUUUUUAUUCUAAAAUUGAUUUUUUUUUAAUAUCCUCAUCGAUCUACACACAAUACCCCAUAAUGACAAAGCAAAAACAGGUUUUCAGAAAUCUUUGCAAAUGUAUUAAAAUUAAAAAACUGAAAUAUCAAAUGUACAUAAGUAUUCAGACCGUUUGCUAUGAGACUCGAAAUUGAGCUCAGGUACAUCCUGUUUCCGUCGAUCAUCCUUGAGAUGUUUCUACAACUUGAUUGGAGUCCACCUGUGGUAAAUUAAAUUGAUUGGACAUGAUUUGGAAAGGAACACACCUGUCUAUAUCAGGUCCCACUAUUGACAGUGCAUGUCAGAGCAAAACCCAAGCCAUGAGGUCGAAGGAAUUGUCUGUAGAGCUCUGAGACAGGAUUGUGUCGAGGCAAAGAUCUGGGGAAGGGUACCAAAAAAUGUCUGCAGCAUUGAAGGUCCCCAAGAACACAGUGGCCUCCAUCAUUCUUAAAUGGAAGAAGUUUGGAACCACCAAGACUCUUCCUAGAGCUGGCCGCCCGACCAAACUGAGCAAUCGGGGGAGAAGGGCCUUGGUCAGGGAGGUGACCAAGAACCCAAUGGUCACUCUGACAGAGCUCCAGAGUUCCUCUGUGGAGAUGGGAGAACCUUCCAGAAGGACAACCAUCUCUGCAGCACUCCACCAAUCAGGCCUUUAUGGUAGAGUGGCCAGACGGAAGCCACUCCUCAGUAAAAGGCACAUGACAGCCCACUUGGAGUUUGGCAAAAGGCACCUAAAGACUCUCAGACCAUGAGAAACAAGAUUCUCUGGUCUGAUGAAACCAAGAUUGAACUCUUUGGACUGAAUGCCAAGCGUCACUUCUGGAGGGAACCUGGCACCAUCCCUACGGUGAAGCAUGGUGGUGGCAGCAUCAUACUGUGGGGAUGUUUUUCAGCGGCAGGAUGGAGGCAAAGAUGGACAGAGCAAAGUACAGAGAGAUCCUUGAUGAAAACCUGCUCCAGAGCGCUCAAGACCUCAGACUGGGGCGAAGGUUCACCUUCCAACAGGACAACGACCCUAAGCACACAGCCAAGACAACGCAGGAGUGGCUUCGGGACAAGUCUCUGAAUGUCCUUGAGUGGCUUAGCCAGAGCCUGAACUUGAACCUGAUCGAACAUCUCUGGAGAGACCUGAAAAUAGCUGUGCAGCAACGCUCCCCAUCCAACCUGACAGAGCUUGAGAGGAUCUGCAGAGAAGAAUGGGAGAAACUCCCCAAAUACACGUGUGCCAAGCUUGUAGUGUCAUACCCAAGAAGACUUGAGGCUGUAAUUGCUGCCAAAGGUGCUUCAACAAAGUACUGUCUAAAGGGUCUAAUACGUAUGUAAAUGUUAUAUUUCAGUUUUUUAUUUUUUAUAAAUUAGCUAAAAUUUAAAGAAUCCUGUUUUUGCUUUGUCAUUAUGGGGUAUUGUGUGUAGAUUGAUGAGGGACAAAACACUUUAAUCAAUUUUAGAAUAAGGCUGUAACCUACAAAAAUGUGGGAAAAGUCAAGGGGUCUGAAUACUUUCCGAAGGCACUGUACAUUGUUCAAUAUUGUUACCAAAAGACUCAAUGUUGUCACUGAACAAAAUCAAAGAAAAGAAGCCAGUUUAAUCAAAAUGGGGAUAUUUAAUUUCUUUUUAUUGACGGUAAGGGAGUUACUCACAACGGUGCUUCAAAGAUGGAUAUGCCAUUUACUAUAUUUUCUCUAAGGAGGCUUAGCUUACUGUCACUAUCCUGAGCUCCCGUUGCUGUGUGUUAUGAUCAAAGAGAAAGCAAGGCUAAUGCUGGUAUAUAUUGUACAUACAAGAAACCAUAUUGUCAGAAAGAAAACAUGUAUUCAGAAUAUGUGAAGAUAGUUUUCAACACAGUUAAAGUUUCACGGUGUAAAGUGUCAUAGUUGCAGCCUCUAAUUGCGAUACAUUGCUGGCAAUUUCCAUCUAUGGCAGCAGAGAGAAGAACUCUCUCUGGAAUCCAGCCGCCAUCCAAUGCAGGACCAAUUAUCAGAUUCAGUCUGCGUGGCAAAGAUGCCAUCCCUCGCACAUUUAGAUAAUGACCAAAGAAAGAACAUGGGUGCUUAGGAAACAGGUUUUUGUGAUUUUAUAUGACAUAAUAUAUCCUCGAAAGGAGGAUUCAAAAAAGUGGACUACCUGAAUGCAUAAAGGAUGUAUUAAAGUGUGUGUGUGCAAAUCGCUAAAAAUGUCGUUCUAUGAAGAAAAAAAAUGGUCUUCCUUAUUUACAAUCGUUCCUGUUGUAUUACUCUUUUCACAGGGCCUGACAAGGUUCUCAAGGUCGCCCAGGCUUCCACACGUGAGUGCCGUCCUUGCAGCUUCAAUAAUAUUCCUUCCAUGUAGUCUAACUGACCAUUAUUUUCCCCAUUCCACUAGACAAAGUUUCCCACAUGCCAUUGUCACUUGCCAUUUCAAAUGCACCCUUAGUAGUUUACCCCACUAUCUGUGUAAGAUGGGUUUCUGCCAUGACUUGAUGAUUGUAAUAGAAUUGCAUUUGUGGGCAGAAUUGUAAUGCACGUUUUCUGAAGUGUGUUUGGAUUUGCCCAAAAAAAUUCUGGGUCAUAUUGCUAUAACUUCUCCGUAGGGGUCCCAUUAUGCCCUAAUGAAUAAGACCCAGGACUUCCCCUAAAGGUUGGAACUCAUUUGGAGCAGAGAAAUGGUUCACUCCCUGGAGUCAGAUCGCUAACUGGGUCAAUAUCUCUGUUAAUAAUAAGCCUUAUGAGCUAAUGUAGGUUUUGGCUAAUGUUUUUUUGACACCUCGCUUGCCCAUCUGAAUUCUAUUUCAGUGUCAGUGCAUGUUUUGUUUCCAAAGAAAGAUUUGGCAACAGCAUUCAUCAACCUCUCAAUUUCUCCUAUCCACCCAUAGCUUGAUAAAAAUACAUAUGAAUUCAAUAUAAAGAACUUGAAUCAUAUCAUAUAAUCCCCAGCUUCCAAUUCAUUUACUCAAUCCCACUCAUCCCUCUCUGCAACUCUUCCCUAUGUAAAUGAGAAAGUGUUCUCAGCAUGUUCAUUAGGUGCAAAAUGAAAGAAAAUGGACUAAAACAGCGAAGGGACUUCCUAGACAUAUCCAAUAAGAAACACUCUUGUUUCCCCCCCUUCGCUGUUUUAAAGCAUUUUCCAUUUUGUAUCCUAAUGAACGCGACCCUGCUAAACUAAGGGUGAAAUAAAUACGAGAAAUUCAUACUUUUUUCUGCCACCCAGAACCCCCGAGGUUCCACAGAGCACAAGCUCCCAUCCAUCAUUGAGACAAAAGGAGAUCUCCACGACGAUUCAGAUGAGUACUACCACCUAUCACCAGCGUCCCGCACCCGCCGCGCAAACCUCCUCCUGCCCAGCCUGAGCAGCCCGGUGCGGCGCACCUCCCUGGGCAACCUGCUGGGUGACGAGCUGAGGCAGUUCAAUGCCCUGCGCCGCUGCCGUUCGCCCAACCUGAGCCGGGGAGGCCUACCCCGGGGCCACAGCCUGUCUUCCCCACAGCCGCUGCCGAAAAAGGAGCACAGUGUCCCAGUGGCAGCCCCUGCCAGUCCCCCUACCUCAGGGGAGUUGGGGACAGGGAGUCAGGGACGCAAGCCCUCCAAGCUGCUGAUUCCCACUGUCAGCUGUUUUGCACUGCCGGACCUCAGUCCAAGGUAAACCACACACAGAAGCCCAAGUUUUGUUGGACUUUCACUUUAUCUCUGUCCCAAUAUCCAAACUUGUGCACUAGGUAAUAUUAAGUGGUGUACAGUAUUGGCAAAGUGUAUUAAGUAGUGUAAUGACACAGUGUAAUGAAAUGGGAUUGCAUUUACAAACUUCUCCAAUAGCAUUUAAUGCUAAUUUAAUCGCAUAUCUCACCAAAUCUCAAAGUACUUUAGUAAAGCAAUAAGAUUAUCUCACCUUAUACAAACCCUACCAUGCACCAUCCAUCCAUCCAUAUCCAUAAUGUAUCGGCUGGUGUCUAGUGAGCCCCACAUGAAGGCAAUACUGUAAUGUGGCCCAUAGGGCUCCGAUGUCCUCCGGCCCAGACAGUUGCAGCUCUACUCAGGUUAAUUCCGCAUGGGCGGCUGCCAGUGGGGCUCCCAUUGCGGCUCCUUGGGUCGUGUGGCGAUGGAUGAUAAUUUGAUAAUUGAAAGGGGCUCUACUGUUACUGUCCCCCCCCCCCCCCCCCCCCCCCCGUCUCUCCCUGCCAGGGUUGUCGACGGCAUCGAGGACAAUGGGCGCACGUUCCUCUUCAACAUGGAACACAGUGGGCCCAAGGCCAGCACCACGGGACGUCCCAGCGAAGGUAACGCUAAACCGUCUUAAACCCCGCGUUGACCGCACCCUGACCGCACCCGCUGCGGGAGUCUCACCAGGGCGCCAGAUGGCUUGAAGGUGAACGUGGGGUUCAAACCGGGGCAGACAUCAUGCUGUCCCAUAUGCAGAAUAUAUAUUAGAGAAAUGAAAUGACAUCUCAGGGGUCUUCAGAGGAUCUUUUGUUUCUUAAAUUAAACAUUCAGUUAAUCCACACUGUAAAACAAUAUCUAGUUGUUUCAACUAAUUAUUAUUAAGUAACUGGUUCCACAGCCAUUUUUUUGUUUACUACAUUUUUAGGUUCAAGUGUUACUGAACAUAAAAUUAUUAGUUGGCCCAAACUUAGCUCCAACUUGCAAAAACUUAAGCGAAAAUGUGCUUUUAACAUACAAUGUUUUCAACUUGCAUUUUAUUGUGUUACAAAGUGGAAUUAAAAUUGAUUUAAUUGUCAUUUUUUGUCAACAAUCUACACAAAAUACUCUAAUGUCAAAGUGAAAGAUUAUAUUUUUUAUAAAUCAAAAAUCCAUAACUAAAAUCUAGUUGUUGCAUAAGUAUUCAGCCCCUUUGUUUAGGCAAGCCUAAAUUAGUUCAGGAGUAAAAUGUGGCUUAACAAAUCACAUAAUAAGUUACAUGGACUCACUUUGUGUGAAAUAAUAGUGGUUGACAUGAUUCUUUAAUGACUAACCCUUCCUCUGUACCCCAUACAUACAACAUAUGUAAGGUCUCUCAGUCAAGUAUUGAAUUUCAAGCACAGAUUCAACUACAAAGACCAGGAAGCUUUUUGAAAGCAUCAUAAAGAAGGGCAGUGAUUGGUAGAUGGGUAACAAUAACAAAUCAGACAUUGAAUAUCUAUUUUAAGCAUGGUCAAGUUAAUAAUUAUGCUGUGGAUUAUAUAUGAAACCACCCAGACACAAAGACACAGUCAUCCUUCUGAACUGAGCUGCAGGAAUGAAACUGCUCAGAGAUGUUAGCAUUGGUGGUUUUAAAACAGCUACAGAGUUCAAUGCCUGUGAUGGUAGAAAACUAAGGAUGGAUCAACAACAUUGUAGUCACUCCACAAUAAUGACCUAAAUAACAGAGUGAAAAGAAGAAUACAAAUAUACAGAAUAAAUAAUAUUCCAAAACGUGCAUCUUGUAUGCAACAAGGCACAAAAUCCUAGAGGAAAACCUCCUUCAGUCUGCUUUACACCAGAGACUGGGAGAGGAAUUCACCUUUCAGCAGGACAAUAACCAUACAACACAAGGCCAAAUCCACACUGGAGUUGCUUACCAAGAAGACAGUGAAUGUUCCUGAGUGGCCAAGUUACAGUUUUGACUUAAAGGUCCCGAACAGUCAUUCUGAUUCCCAUGUAAAAUAGCCUUUUGAGAUACUAAAGCUAGCCAGUAACUAGCUAACACCAGACGUGGAUGAAAGCAGAAACAUAUAAGUAUCAAUGCCAUAGAUGAAGUGUAAACUUUUAAUUAUAUUCGCUAGCACACUCCAGUAUUGUAUUGUUGAUCAAUCAAUCACACACAGCCAAUCAACCAAUCAAUCACACCAAACAACCAAUUAACCAAUCACUAUUCAUUGUUUUAUGAGCCUAAGAGGUAUUUUACAUUUUUACAUUUACAUUUUAGUCAUUUAGCAGACGCUCUUAUCCAGAGCGACUUACAGUUAGUGAGUGCAUACAUUAUUUAAUUUUUUUCAUACUGGCCCCCCGUGGGAAACAAACCCACAACCCUGCCGGCCAUUCCCUCCCCUACCCUGGACGACGCUGGGCCAAUUGUGCGCCGCCCCAUGGGUCUCCCGGUCACGGCCGGCUACGACAGAGCCUGGAUUCGAACCAGGAUCUCUAGUGGCACAGCUAGCACUGCGAUGCAGUGCCUUAGACCAUUUGUCUUCUUCUGUUUCUUCCUCCACAGAUAUGAGGCAGGUGAACGCCACUCUGCUCCUGGAGUCGGAGGAGGUUAGACAGAGUAUCAGUCAGCUCAACCAGAAGGUACAGUACAUUACAGUAGAGUAAGCCUCAGUGCAGCCUAUCUGCUGAGUGAGAAAGAUAACACUACUCCUAUGUUUCUUGUUGAGACUACUACUACUUUCUUGCUGAGACUACUCCUAUGUUUCUUGUUGAGACUACUACUACUUUCUUGCUGAGACUACUCCUAUGUUUCUUGUUGAGACUACUACUACUUUCUUGCUGAGACUACUCCUAUGUUUCUUGCUGAGACUACUACUACUUUCUUGCUGAGACUACUCCUAUGUUUCUUGUUGAGACUACUACUACUUUCUUGCUGAGACUACUCCUAUGUUUCUUGUUGAGACUACUACUACUUUCUUGCUGAGACUACUCCUAUGUUUCUUGCUGAGCAGACACUUCUGUCUAAAAGCGCUUUCAUAGUUUCCGUAUUCUGUACAAGGCAUUAUUGCCAAGUUCCAUUGCUGAAGGGCAUGGCAGGAUUUGAACCCAUAAUUUUAGCACUUAUUUGAUUUGCAUACGUCCAUCUGCCUAGCUCCUCUACCAGACUUCUUAAUAGUUUAACAUAUACAUAAUCUUAUGUAUGCCCUUAUAAGGACCCUUACAAGUGUGCAACAACUCUACAUAUUCCCUUUAUGUUUCAUCAUUCACUUACACUGCAGUUGGCCCCUUUAACAUGAAGCCUUUUUAGACAGAAACCUGGAAUGGGUAUACCGACACAAUAUGUAUAAUAAGUGCAUGAAUAUGCAUGUGUACAAUGUGUAUAAUUUACACAUUGUACACAAUAAAGUAAAUGUUGAAUCAAACACUAACAACAAUUGAUGAUGCAAUACUGCAAUUAGUGAAAAUAUCUCAAGCAGUAGGAAUUUGCAUAUUUGCACAUUCAACACCACAUCUUGGAUUACAUGUAAACCACUUGGUGAUACUACAAAGAACGUCAGAAAGUACAAUACAUAGCUUUAACAGUUAACCUACUUGUGAUUGAACAAACGUGUUUACUAGGCUCAUAGAUUCUCUCUGAAGAAAAGGUAUUAACCCUUAAUAAAUGCAUAUUGAUAAAUGGAUGGUGGCAUCCACCACAAUCUCUGGAUUUCUAUUCUAUUCCAACUCUAUUGUAUUUUAUUAUAUUCCUGUUCUAUUCUAUCAAAUUCUAUUCUACUCAAAUCUACUUUAUUCUGUUACAUUCUAUUCUAUUUCUACCUUAUGUAGCACAAUGUUUUCUUCCAUCCCUAAUGUGGAUGCAAAUGUAUGGCAGGUGGGGCUAGAGUAAACAGAUGGUUCUAGGUAGGCCUUGUCUGAAGUGGGUAUUAAUUAAUCAGCAGGGUGCUUCUGCAUUGCAGAGAAAAACCUGCAAGCGCUGACUCAACAAUACCAAAAUACCUGAUGAUGACAACCCAACCCGCCCUAACAUUCUCCUCAGAUUCCUUCUAUUCCUCCUCCUCCUCCUCCUCCUCCUCCCAUGUUCCCUUCCACUUUCCUCCCUUUUUGCGUCGUUACAGUCUCUCCCUCCCUCUCUCGUGGGGUUUUUGGGACGCAUGUGAAAACGGGUCAUUUCUUAGUCACAGAGAACAGUAGCUAGUCAGUGUUGGGUAGAUGUACUUUGUGCAAGCUUUAGAGAAGUAAGAGUCACGCUGUGAGGCCUGGAAAUUAGUUGCAAAGAAAUGCUUGAGAGAAUAAAAAUCGUUGUUGUUUGGUUGGGCUAUUUUGUAAGUGGUGGUAGUGUUAUUAAAAGUGGCUACUGUGCCAUGUUCAUUUCAGACAUAUAUAUAUUUACAUUUGUAACUAUUUAAUAUUGGGAGAUAUUCAGACUUGAGAUCCUCACACUAAACUAUGACUUUCGCGUAAAUCAUUCAGUGAUGUCAAUGGGAGACUUGCAUGAAUAUUCGACUUUAACGUGCAGAUCUAAAGUCUGAAUACAUUCAUAUGUUGUCACUCUCCCCUCCCCAAUCUAACCCGAGUAUAUGUUAUCUCUUCCUAGAUGGGCAACUUGAACAAGGAAGUGUCUCAGCUGACCAAGGACCUCCAUCACAUGAUGCACCUUCUUCAGGCCCAGGUGGCUGUGCACCACUACACAGCCUCCCUGUCCUCCUCCUACCCCUACGCUGUCCAAAUGGUCUCCAACCCCAACCACACCGCCAGCACUGGCACAGCCUACAACCUGGCCCCCAGCAGCCUGCACCUCCAUCAGGACCCUGGGAGCCUGGAGGGGGGACACACGGACACACUCCACCCUUGCUGGGGCUACAGUGGGGCUCCAGGUGGGAGCUGCCAGGCUAGGGCCACUGUGGGGGCACAGCCAGAGGGCCACUACCAGAUCCAACCUCAGGCUUCCAGCCCAAGGCCCCCUAGCUUCUACCAAUCCCAUGUGACAGACUCGGCAGCUGUGCCAGGACCCUGCCAGGGCUCUGGUUGCACCACACCCCAUCCCUGGACUGGCCCUUCCUUGCUUAGCAUUAGCCCAACCUUACAGAGUGGUGGUAGCCCAGGCACAGCUCUCUCUGCUGGGCAUGAGGACUUUGGUGACAGUCGCCCUGGCCUUGGCACUAGCCCAGUUAGCAUUAGCCAGUCCCAACCCAGCUUGUGUCUGCAGCCGCCUAGCAGCGGUUUGUACAGCUGUCUGCUGUCUAGUGCUCCCACGUCUACUCACAGCCUCCUGGAUGCCUCCCCCAGCACCUACCCGCACAUCUACCUAGCCUCAGAACCCCUCCUACACCCGGCAAGGCCUACCCUGGGGGAACCUUCUGCAGUCCUGGGGCCCGACGGGGGUCCAAGCCACGACUUCCCCCAGCAAUACACAUCCACAUCCAGCCUCCUGGACGAGGACCUGCACAGUCUGUCCGUCCACUCCAGCCCUGGAACUCCCCCCUCCUUCCCCAGGCCAUCGUCCGUCUGCUCCCAAGACUCAGGGUCUCCUCCUAGGCAGGACAACUGCGCUCCUCCCCACAUCCCCCUGGGAGACUCGGCAGCGGUGGGACACACCAGUCUGGAGUGCCUGCUGGGGAACGGGGGCUCCAUGGAGAGCAGGGACAGCGAGAGCCCCGGGACCAGGUCCAGGAGAUCCAGCCUGGGAGUUCAGACUCAGUGCACAGAGCAGUCCUGGUGCUUGGACCUGACGGACUAG